GCCAGUUCUGUCCCUUUAAGAGCCUCGCCCCGCCCCUCCAUUCCCAUUGGCUGCUCUCGCCCGAAAUCUGCAUAACCACGCCCCCCUCGCCUUUCUCCGAUUAUCGCCCCGCCCCUCGUUCUCCCGUUGGCGAAUAUCGCCCGAAAUCUGCAUGGCCACGCCCCCAUCGGGAAUUCCCCCCCGUCGCCACGCCCCUCGCUCUCCCGUUGGCUAAUCUCACCCGAAAUCUGCAUAGCCACGCCCCCUGUCUCCAGCCCCUCUCCCCCUUGCGGCCGCUCUGCCCUUAUAAGGCGAGGCCACGCCCCCUGGCUGCCGUAAAGCGCGGCGGGGGCGCGCCGGCGCGGGAUUUUUGGCGCGGCCAUGGCGGAGCCGGGGCUGGAACCGGGGCCGGGAACGGGGCCGGGACCGGGACCGGGAACGGCCGAGGCGGUGCUGCGGGAGCUGGCGCUCUUCGAGCUGCGCUGCGACGGGGAGGACGUGGCCGAGAAGCUGCUGGAGCUGAGCCUGACGCACCGGCUGGGCCCCGUGCCGCUGGCCAACGAGCUGCUGGCCUUCGUCACCAGCAAGGACCUCGACCCCCAGCUCACCCUCGACAGCCUCGCCGCCUUCGAGCACGAGGUCCUCGCCAAGAGGGGCAGCAGAGCCUCCCGGAGGCCGAGCAGCCGCCACGGCGGCCUCCGCGACGUCCACUCCUUGCAGGAGCUGCUGGACGAGGAGGAGGAGGAGGAGGAGGAGCUGCUGGACGCCUACACCACGCCGUCCAAGACCACCCAAAAACGCCCCGGCGGCCCCCCCGCCACCCCCCGCCCCAAGCGGCCCCCCUCGUCCCGCAGCCCCUACGCGCUGUUCUCCCCCUCCAGCCUCUCCCCCAGCGCCACCCCCCCCCAGCAAUACGCCGCGCGGGGGGGCCGGGGCGAGGUGGUCGCCUCCUUCGGCGGCCCCCAGACCCUUUUUGGGGGCUCCGGCGGCUGCGCCCCCAAACUUUUCACCGCCCCCGAUGACUCCCUGACCAAAUCCUACAAAUUCAUGUUCCAAAAACCCCUCGACGUCCGCGAAGCGCUUUGCUGGCGGAUCGAGGAGCUCGGCGCCGCGCUCAGGACCCACCACGGCCUCGAGGACUUCGCCUCGGCGCUCCUCCCGGCUCAGGAACCCGUGACGGUGCUGGGCCAAAUCGCCUGCGACAGCAACGGGAAGCUCAACGCCAAGUCGGCCGUGCUGGAGGGCGACCGGCAGCGCUCCGCGGGCGCCCGCGUCCCCCUCGACCUCUCCGAGCUCCCCGAAUUCUCCCUCUUCCCCGGCCAGGUCGUGGCCGUGGAGGGGACCAACAGCACCGGGAAGAAGUUGGUGGUGUCCAGGCUCUACGAGCCCCAGCCCCUUCCCUUCCCCUCCCCUCCGCCGCCAGCCGCAGGGGCCGAGCAGCGGGCGGUGCUGGUGGCCUGCGGGCCCUACGCCACCUCCGACAGCGUCGCCUUCGACCCCCUCUCCGACCUCCUGGACGUCAUCGCCCGCGACCGCCCCGACGUCUGCGUCCUGUUCGGGCCAUUCGUUGACGCCAAGCACGAGCAGGUGGAGAACUGCCAGCUCCCCGCCUCCUUCGCCGACGUCUUCAAGCUCUGCCUCAAGAUGAUCCUAGAAGGGACCCGAAGCGCCGCCCCACACCUGGUGCUGGUGCCCUCGCCCCGGGACGUGCACCACGACUGCGUUUACCCGCAGCCGCCCUUCCCCUGCCCCGAGCUGCCCAAGGAGGACAGAGCGCGCGUGCUCUUCGUCUCGGACCCCUGCACCCUGGACAUCGACGGCACCGUCUUCGGCCUCACCUCCACCGACCUCCUCUUCCACAUGGGCGCCGAGGAGAUCAGGUGGGAAGGAUCCGGCCCCGAAUGCUCCCCG